GUUGUUGGUUGUCAUUAAUCGGUUGUGUCUUUGGCAUUCGUCAGCGUAAUCAAGCUCCAGAACUAUUUUGAAAAUAAUAUUUUAUGGGUGGCAUAUUCUCCAGUCUUCUCUCGCGGCUAUGGGGCUCUAAAGACGUUCGAAUACUUAUUCUUGGACUGGAUGGUGCAGGCAAGACAACGAUCCUCUACCGACUGCAAAUCGGUGAAGUGGUCACUACUAUCCCCACAAUCGGCUUCAAUGUUGAAACUGUCACUUAUAAAAACAUCAAAUUCCAAGUAUGGGACCUGGGUGGUCAAACCUCCAUUCGACCUUAUUGGCGAUGCUAUUAUGCGAAUACCGACGCCAUUAUAUACGUCAUUGACUCUGCAGAUAGAGACCGUAUUAGUACCAGUAAAGAAGAGUUGAUGGCCAUGCUGGAAGAAGAGGAGCUCAAGGAUGCAGCGCUACUUGUGUUUGCCAACAAACAAGACAUGGAGGGUGCUAUGAGUGUCACAGAAGUAUCUGAAUUUCUUGGUCUAACUGCCUUGAAAACAAGGACUUGGACCAUCUUUAAAUGCAGUGCCAAGACAGGAGAUGGACUGACAGAGGGUCUAGACUGGCUAGUGAAUGUCGCACGAGGAGGAAAGAAAUGAAGAUCUAUAGUAAAUACUCGAUUUAGCUUCUGUGCUGUAUGUAUCUGUUAUGUG